CGCUUACGUUGCAGACGACUCAAAGUAUGGUAUCCUUUGUCCCGCACACGGUUUUGUAUGGUGGAACUGUCACGAUUUGGCAGAGUGUCUGACUACAAUCUCGUAAACAUGCGACUUUCACUUGUUCGGCGGUUCUUGAAAACAAUGGCAACAGAAGCUAAGCAGAUGAAGCUGAGCGCUGACGAUCGGACGGGGAAGCUCGCUCCUCUCCAGGCCCAAGGAUGGAAGGAAGUGGAAGGCCGAGACGCCAUCCAGAAAGUCUUCAUGUUUAAGAACUUCAAUCAGGCCUUUGGGUUCAUGAGCCGCGUGGCCCUCCAAGCAGAGAAGAUGGACCACCAUCCGGAGUGGUUCAACGUGUACAACAAGGUGGACGUGACGCUGAGCACGCACGACGUCAGCGGGCUGUCGGACAAAGACGUCAAGCUUGCGACGUUCAUGGAGACGGCCGCCUCUUCCGUCCUGCCUCCAUGCUAAUCCCUAAACUUCGUCUGUAGGGGCGUAACUGUACCGUUUUUUUUUUUUUUUACAUGAUGUGUAUCGUAAUAUUGAGGUCACGAUAUGAUACGCAUCAUGAUACAAGGUCUGCAUGUGGGAUUUGGAAGGAUUUGAAAUGGUUUGGAUUGAAAUAGAAGAAAAUCAGCACAUCAACACAGCAGAAAGCUACUUUGUACUGUAAGGUCAAGUAAAACAAAAAUAGACCA